AUGAAGAAGAUAUCCUUCCUUCAAUUGUUGAUUGUCAUAGCACUUAAAUCUGUGUGUGGAGAAGCAGUCAAUGAAUUAAGAGUAUAUUUGUCAAGUCUUGAAAAAAUAUUAGCCUUUUCCAAAGAUUUAGAAAUUGGCAUCCAAACUACACUGAGUAUUCUUACUAAUAGUAUAAUAACAUCCCUUCCUGAAGGCUCGGCCAAAGACAGAAUUCUCUUUGAAUACACUCAUAAGUUUAACAGGUUUGAAGGCCCAGAAUUUUUGAAUAUUUCUUCUAGAAAUCACGCCGAAAACGUUGUUAAUCAUCAUGCUAAAAAUCAAACCCUCACAGUCAAAGAGGAGGGAAUCGAACAUGUUGAAGCUAUUGCAAAAUCAAUCAAGAGUGAAGUCAAUGAUUCUAAGUCACUCUUAGACGCUGCUUCCGAUGCUGUAGAUGAAUUUAAAAAAGAGUCAUCCGAUGUAAAGGCUGCAAGCGGAGGUAACACGACGCUGAAGAACAUAUCUGAACAUCUGAAGCACACUGGUGAAAAACUCGAAAAAAAGGUUAGGGCAGCAAAGGAAGGAUUUGAUGAUGAAAGUAGAAAUGCAGAAAAACUAAUUCAAGAAAUAGAAGACUUGUUUAACAAUGAGGGAACGGGAGGCGAAAAAAUAAACAAUCAACACCAAUCCAACUUAAUGUUUAAUGGCAGAAAAAGUGAGUACCAAAUUGAAUACCUAAGAAAUUUGGUCGCACUGAGUAAAAACAUGCAAAUUGAACAGAGCAAUAUACAAUUUGAUACUAUGACAAUUUUGCAACCUGCAGAAAACAUAGUAAACGCCAUCAAAUCGAUACCAGAGAGUCAACCUAAUCCCCAGCAGGAGGGAACACAAACAACUGAUAAGCCUCACACGAAUACUGAAGCUAAGGCACAAGAGCAAGGUAAUUCAUCGUAA